AUGGAUCAAACACUUCGUGACUCAUGGAUAACAUGGCUAGGAAACAAUACUUAUAAUGGUGAAUUCAGUGUUGGUCAGGAGUUUGACUCCUUACAUCAACUGAAAGAUAUAGUAAAAUCAUACUCCAUCACUAAAAAUCAAUCAUUUCGAGUUGUUGAGUCCGAGCCAUCAAAGUAUGUUGUGGAGUGUAAAAGGAAAAAGACACACAAUUGUCCUUGGAAGCUGCGUGCAAUUAAGGAUCCAAUGUUACCUAUUUUUCGAGUUGUGAAGUAUAAUGGUCCGCAUGCAAAUAAUUGUGUAGGUGACAUUAUCUCCGGUGAUCAUCAAAAUCUCACUUCUGAAUUUGUGUGCAAUAUCAUCUUAGAUCUUGUACGAGUUGAUCCUUCUCUUAAAAUACGUGCUAUUGUACAAGUUAUUAAGGAUCGAACCGAAUUCUCUAUAACUUACAGGAAGGCGUGGCUAGCAAAACAAAAGGCAAUUGCCAUUAUAUUUGGUGAUUGGGAGAAAUCGUAUGAAGAGUUGCCUAGGUACAUGCAAGCUUUACAAGAAGCCAAUGAGGGAACUGUUGUUCAUUGGAGCACAAUAGAGACAUCUAAUCCGUUUAUUCAUGUGUUCAAAAGAGUUUUUUGGGCUUUUAAGCCAUUUAUUGAUGGAUUUCGGCACUGUAGACCUCUAAUCACUAUUGAUGGGACUCACUUAUAUGGGAGGUACAAGGGCACCUUGCUCAUAGCAAUGGCAACUGAUGCAAACUUUUAUCUUUUCCCUCUUGCCUUUGCGAUUGUAGAAAAUGAGUCUAUCAAAACUUGGUCAUGGUUCAUGGCAUGUCUUAGGCAAUCAGUCACUCAAAGAAGAGGUUUAUGUGUCAUUUCUGAUCGACAUGCAGGGAUACUAGAUGCAUUGAAUAAGGAGGGGAGUGGAUGGGAGGAGCCUUUUGCACAUCAUAGGUUUUGCAUUCGACAUCUUGCAUCUAACGUGGGAAAACACUUCAAAACCCAUAUGAAGAAUCUAUUUGGUCGAGCUGCUGAUGAAAGACAAAAGAAAAAGUUUGACUUUUGGUUCAAAAGAAUUGGUGAUUUGAACAUUAAGGCUCGAGAAUACUUAGAGAAUAUCCCUUUUCAUUUGUGGUCGAUCCACCAUGAUGGCGGGUUUAGGUAUGGGAUCCGAACAACUAACAUGUCGGAAUGCUUCAAUGAAGUGAUGAAAGGAGCCCGUUGUUUACCUAUCAAAGCAAUUGUGGAAAUGACUUUUUUUCGCGUGAAUUCAUACUUUGUUACUAGGCGAGGCUGGGGCAAGAGGAGAUUAGAUGAAGGUCAUGAGUAUAGUGAAAAGGCCUACAAAAUAAUAGAGAGAAACAUGCAAAAAUCAGCUGCACAUUCAGUUAAAUCAUUUGAUUAUGAGAUGGGUCUUUUCCAAGUCACUAUUGGUCGUGGGAAUCGCCCUCCUGGGAAGGGGGAUAACAAACAUAAUGUGGAUUUGGUUAAGAAAACAUGCACCUGUGGAAAAUUUUUAAUCUACAAGCUUCCAUGUUCUCAUAUCCUAGCGGUUUGUCGGGAUCGAAACUUGUCAUAUGCCUCGUUUAUCGACCCAUUCUUUAGCACUCAUGAAUAUAGACAAACAUACAUUAAAAGUUUCAAACCUCUUCCUGAUGUUCCAUAUUGGCCUCCUUAUGUGGGUCCAAAAGUUAUUGCUAAUGUAAAUCAAAAACGAGGAAAACCUGGAUGA